AGAAAAGAGCGCAUUACAAACUGCAAGAUGGCGUCUACUGGUCAGCGAUGGGAAGUUGUUGGGAAACCGAAGAAGCCUUUGACUAAAGUUUUAGGGCAGCAUGCGCAAAAAACACAGAAAAAGAAUUUUGUGAAUCAAAUGCCAAAAGUUGAUAUAAACCCUCCAGCUCCGGAAUCUAAAACUCUUUAUGAUGCAUUUCUGGAAAAAGAAGCUAAACCAGAAAAAAAGAUGAAAGAAAUGACAAAAAUCAAUAAUGAUACAGGAAACAAAAAACCUGCACCAAAAAAGAAAGUGGAUCAAGAUAAGAAACAGAAGACUGAAAAGUUGGAGGAUGUCAUCGCUAAAAUUGACAAGGAAGAUUUGCAGCUGAUUAUUAACCAGUCGCAUGAAAGCUUCCCUGAUAAUCCUGACGUUUGGCUCAAGGAUCUUGCAUCGUUCUUGAAUCUGAGACUGGAAAACGUUCUGGAGAAUGACGAAAUGUUCAAGUCUCAAUCUAGUCAACAAGCCAAAGACUUCCCACUGUGUAAAUUCAACAAGGGUUGUCAGGGCGUAAUAUUUUCUAGUCUCAGAAAGUGUUCUGCCGACACUCUUGAACACCUCUUCUAUCACUGUGUGCAGUCCAUGCUUGUCAACCAAAUGAAAGGGUUGUCAACAUUUGGUUACAGGAUUUUCCUGCAGGCUCUGGCUUUCCAUAAGCCAAAUAUUGCUCUUGCCAAGAUUCCUCAGUAUUUGGAUUUAUUGAAAGUUCACCAAAAUCGUCCAUUGCGCUGUUUGUCCAUUCUGUGGGCCAUGGGUCAGUGUGGAGUCAAAGAUCUGAAGUGUGGCCUUACAGUGUGGCUUGGUCUGAUGUUACCAGCUCUUGGUGUUAGAUGGGUUGCAUCAUUUUGUGUGGAGUAUCUUGAAAACCUCUUCAGGUGGCAUAAAGAUCAUCGGUCCUCGGCUGGCGCUGUCACAAUGAGGGAAUAUUUCCAGGUUCUAGACAUUGUCUUCACCUCAACAGCCAACAUCCAGGGCGACUUGAAAAAGAGACUGCAAGCUCAGUAUCCCAAAAUAAAGGCCAUAGCUUAUGGUGAGAACCCAACAAAAACAAUGAGAAACUUUUUCCCCUCCUAUCUUUCAAGACUUAACCAGAGUUGCUCAAAACAGUUAAAACAAGAGCUGUUUUCCUGCUUGAUAAACUGUUUGCUGACGGACAAACAUACAUUUGCCACGUGGUGUCAGAUGUACACCAGACAUCUUGCGCAGUCAGGUAUGCUUCUUCAACAUAUCAUUGAAAACUGGAACAAGCUUGGUGGAAAAUUUGAUAAAAAACCUUUAAGGGAGACGAUUCGUUCAUUUUGUGUCACUAACGAUGAGAUUUUUGGUGUUCCUGGUCGAGCCACCCCAGAAGGCUUUGAUCAGUGUUCCCCAGCCUGCAAGGAGCUGCUGCAGAAAAUGAAUCGGAGUCCAUUUCCUUGGUUUUUCUUCAUAUUUUUGGGAGUUACUGUCCUGGGUUCAGUGAUCAUCUAUGACAUGUAUACAAGCAAAAAUGUCAAAGCGUCACGCACUGUGAUGUUUUUGGAGAAAUAUGGCAUUCUGGCAGUUUUGGAGCAGGCAUGGAGGAAAAUACUAACAUUUAUUUCUGCUGUGGUUGCCUGGCUAAAGUUUAAUGUUCCAGUGUAUUACAACACCACCUGUCAAACUGUUGGUCCAUAUUUGACCUCUGCCAGAAUCUGGAUGGUUGAAACCUACAUCUACAUCAUGGAGGUCAGCAAACCGCAUCGGACAUGGAUAGCAGUAAAAACAACUCAAGGAAUAGAAUGGAUCUAUGCCUUGUCGCCGGAUAUUUGGAAAAUGAUUUCUCUGCACUUGUACAACAGCUGGGAUUUUAUUAAAGACUAUACGCACUGGGUGUGGAAACACAUAUUUCACAUUGUUCUGUUGGCAUACCAGUGGUUGUUAGAAAAUGUUUUAGUAGGUCAAUUUAGCCCAGCAAAUGUACAGGCAACUAUUUUAUGGACUUUGACAUCACUGCAGAACCAUGUAUCGACUAUUGUUAACUGGUGCAGUACAUUUGUGGCAACGACAAGCAGUAAAUAAUGGCAAAUACAGUUUAAAUUAUUUUUGUGCUUCAGUUUGGUCUCCAAAAGGUGCAUGGUAUAUAAUUAUUCAUGAAAUCUCAUAUCCAUGGUUACCAUAUUGCAUUGAAGAAUGGGUUUCUUUGCAAACAUGUCAAACCAAAUGUAAAAUCCUAAUAUUGUUUGUCAAAUUUAGUCUAUAGCAAAUGUCCCAAAUACAUAGAAAACCAUUUUUGAGUAGAGUGCUUUAGUAUUAAGAUCUUCCCUUAUGUAAUAAAAUAAAUUAUUUUUGGAUAAUUAUUACUUUUACAGAAUUUAAUGGUAGAACUUUCACCAUUAUAUUAAAUUCUGCACAUUUUAUGCUGUUUGACAUUGUAGUUUUUGUAGAACAGAUUCAAGUUUGGAAUCCUCCACUGUGUAUUGAUAUAGUAUUAAAAAUGCCACAUUUCUUCAUUUAAUGUUUACUUGGUGUUUAGUAAUAAAAAGGGGUAUACCUUGUAACACCAGACCUUGUACUUCAUUAAAAAUUAAAAUUAAAAAAAUACUUUGUUUUUAAAUCAGUGUGGUGUCCAUGUGUUAUAUUAAACAAUAUUGUUAAUAUAUGUUGUAUUACAUUAAUAUAUUAAUAUAUAUUGUUAUUUUAUAAACCAUAUGGGUAAUAAGUUGUAUUAGGUGAACAGACCUACUAGUCAUUUUUGAGAGGUCAUUGUAAUUUCUUAACAUUGAGAAAGUGUCCUUUGAACAGUUAGUGUACCCUACCUUCUUCAAAACCACUUUGGGAUGUUUGAUGAAAUAUCACAUGUACUGUGCAUGUUAUAUUUGUGUUACUGUAAUAUUUUCCAGGAAGGAAAAUUUGUUGAAACUUGUUCUAUGAAUGCUCAUUGUUUAAAACAGUUAAAUAUAGGAAUGAAAGUAUGGAAAAAUAAUUUGAAAUACUGAAAAUGGUCACAAAGCUAUGGAGUAUGCUUGACAUUAAAAUUAAAAGUUUUAAUAAAA